AUGUUGUUGUGCUCAUUGGUGUGGUUUGUGCUGACAGCUAGUGUUGCUGUGGCAAAGACACACACGCUAAACUAUACCGCUUCCUGGGUGAGGGCUAAUCCCGAUGGUUUGCAUGAAAAGAAGAUGAUUGGUUUCAACGGCGAAUGGCCUCUUCCAGACAUACAUGUGGAAAAAGGAGACCGUGUUGAGCUUUAUUUGACUAACGGCUUUCAAGAUGACACUGCAACCUCCCUACAUUUCCAUGGUCUUUUCCAGAAUACCAGUUUGGGGAACCAACUUCAAAUGGACGGCCCCUCCAUGGUAACACAAUGUCCUAUCGUCCCCGGGCAGACAUAUCUGUACAACUUCACUGUUCCUGAACAAGUGGGGACAUUUUGGUACCAUGCACAUAUGGGCGCCCAAUAUGGUGAUGGUAUGAGGGGUGCUUUUAUCAUCCACGAUCCUGAAGAGCCCUUCGAGUAUGAUCAUGAACGAAUAAUCACUUUAGCAGACCAUUAUCAUGAAGAUUAUAAGGCCGUGACUAAAGAAUUUCUAUCCAGAUAUAACCCCACUGGUGCUGAGCCUAUUCCUCAAAACAUCCUUUUUAACAAUACCAUGAAUGUAACUUUAGAUUUCACACCUGGUGAAACAUAUCUCUUCAGGUUCUUGAACACAGGGUUGUUUGUAUCCCAGUACAUAUUUCUGGAGGACCAUGAAAUGACUGUAGUGGAGGUAGAUGGGAUUUACGUUAAGCCAAAUGUUACUGACUCGAUUUACCUUUCUGCGGGGCAAAGAAUGAGUGUGUUAAUUAAGGCUAAAAAUAAGAUGCCCACAAGAAACUACGCCAUGAUGCAAAUAAUGGAUGAAACAAUGCUCGACGCUAUUCCAUCGGAGCUACAACUUAACCAGACUAUCCAAAUGAGAUACGGUCACUCUUUACCGAACGCACGUGCAUUGAAUAUUGAAGACUGUGAUUUGGAUCGUGCCACAAAUGAUUUUUAUUUAGAACCUUUGAUUGAAAGACAUUUACUUACUCACUAUGAUCACCAAAUCGUCAUGGAUGUUAGAAUGCUGAAUUUGGGUGAUGGCGUGAAGUAUGCAUUUUUCAACAAUAUUACUUAUGUGACACCAAAGGUCCCCACUUUGACCACGUUGCUGACCUCGGGGAAGCUUGUCACUGAUUCUAGAAUUUAUGGUGAUAACAUCAACGCACAGUUCUUGAACCACAAUGAUAUCAUAGAAGUUGUGCUGAACAAUUAUGAUUCUGGUAGACACCCAUUCCAUUUGCACGGUCAUAAUUUUCAAAUAGUCCAAAAAUCACCGGGCUUCCAUGUCGGUGAGAACUAUGAUGAAUCUGAACAAGAUCGGAUGACCGUCCCUUAUGACGAAUCCGCACCACUACAACCGUUCCCUGAGAGGCCCAUGCUGAGAGACACUGUAGUUCUAGAGCCCAGCGGCCAUGUGGUGCUUAGAUUUAGAGCAGACAAUCCCGGUGUUUGGUAUUUCCAUUGUCAUGUUGAUUGGCACUUACAGCAAGGUCUAGCCUCAGUCUUCAUUGAGGCCCCUACGGUAUUGCAGGAAAGAGAAACGUUCAACGAAAACUAUCUAGAUAUUUGUAAAGGAGCUCGUAUCCCAGUCACUGGUAAUGCUGCAGGUCAUUCAAACGAUUGGUUUGACCUAAAUGGAUUGCCAAGACAACCAAAACCAUUACCCAAGGGAUUUACUACUGAGGGAUAUUUAGCAUUAAUUGUUUCCACUAUUAUCGGCGUUUGGGGGCUAUUUUCUAUUGCUCAAUAUGGUAUUGGUGAAGUUAUCCCAAACGAUGAGAAAGUGUACCACACAUUAAGGGAAAUAUUGGCCGCAAAUGACGUAGAGGUCCCCACAACUAAUUAA